UGAUCUGAAAAAUGAAGAGAGUACUACUAAAUGCAUCGUGUUUGUUACUUCUUUUCGCUUCUUAUGUAGAUAGUCACGCAUUCAUGUCUCUGAAGCCUGAUGACAUGUUCGAAUGCUUUAGGACGCUGAUGUGCCCUUUAAAUCGGACUGAAGACUUUUAUAAACUAGAUGAGGAAUUUGCACCAGAGCUGAAAGAAAAAACCUGGGAAUUGAUCAAGAAUGUAUUCGGCGUUGAGGGCCCAGACAAUACGCUUGAAAACUGGGUUAAAUAUAGAGCUGUUACCUGUGAUUUUCCAGAAGACAAAUUUAAAAAACUGUUCAACGAAUAUUUCCAGUUAGCAGGUGAACACUGGCUGGAAGCUUGUAUUGACAACUUCUCAGAAAAGUGCAAACACUCAGAAGAAGCUGCAGCAAAAGUUACUGAUUACUACGAGGGACAGUUUGUGAAUGGAAAUUGUAAGAAGAGUGGAGGAACGGACCCGAUAACGAUGAAGAAACCAAUGUUUGGAUGAAAACUUGACUGAUCAAUCUUUGAAAAGUUUGAUUUGGUUUAUUUUACAGGAAUUGUAUUGAUUUGAAACUAUAUUAAAAAUUAUUUCAGCAAAUAUGC